AUGAGCACAAUCUUAUUCGUCCUUCUUAUCGCUUCAUGCUCUCAUUUAACUUUUGCUGCUAGUUCUACUGAUGCCAAUAAAAUAACAGUCGAUCUAUUGAGAAAGAUCGAAACUGCAACAAAAUCCAAAGACAACGCAUUAUUCUUCUCAACAAUGGAUCCAUCAUUGACAGUUUCACUUUGUGGAAAAACAAUCAAUUUCACGUCAUUUCAAAAAUUUGGAAAACUACAAAACGACGAUCAAAAUAAGCGAUUGGUAACAAUUGUAUCAACAUCAAUUACGCCGAGUGGAUAUUUGCAAAGUGUUGUUUCAAUAAAAGACAAGACAUCUGGGAAGAUUUAUGGAUUGCAAAUACAGGCACAAAAUAAGGCGGGAACUUAUAAGAUUGUCAAAUUGACGUUUGUGAAUACACCAAAUUGUGACGAACUUCUUGAAAGUGGACUAAUUAGGGGUAGAAAAGUUUUGCCAGUAAUUGUUGUGGCUGCGGCUGAACUUGCUGUUCAAACUGCUGUUGUAACCGCUGUUGCAACUGUUACUUCCCAUAUUUUGAAUUGGGCUAUUGAUUUUUUUGGUUAA